AUGAACGGUCUUGAAAAUGGCUUAAUAAUUACCGACAAAAACGGAUUGGAAAAAAAUAUUCAAGUGAAAAUAAGGGCUUUUCUUUGCGACUCACCAGCUAGAGCGUUGAUAAAAGGAGUUUGCAACUUUAAUGGGAAAAAUGGCUGUCUGAAGUGCACUGUAUUAGGCGAAUAUUCACAUCGAAGCCACACCGUGAUAUUUACCAGAGUGGGCUGCCCAAAACGAAAUAAUGAAGAUUUUCGCUUAAAGAAGUAUGGGUUACACCACAAAAGUGACUCGCCUCUACUUCAACUACCCAUCGACAUGGUUGAAGAUUUUCCUGUCAGUGAUUCACUGCACCUUAUCGAUCUAGGAAUCAUGAAAAGACUGUUAACCGGCUGGAGGGAUGGCAAUUUUGGCACGUAUGUAACAAAGUGGCGUGCCCGAGAUAUCGAAACAGUUUCUCAGUUUCUCUUAGGUUGCACCCUACCCAAAGAAAUACACAGGAAAAUGAGAGCUCUUAAUGUAUUAGCUUACUGGAAAGGGUCAGAGUUUCGCUGUUUCUUAUAUUACUUGAGUUUCAUUGUCUUGAAAGAUGUAUUGUGUGGAGAAGCUUAUCAUCACUUUUUAGCCUUCUUUUGCGCCAUAACUAUAUGUUCCAAUGAGGAACAUUUCAUGUUUCUUCGCUUAGCCGAGCAGCUCUUAUUUUUCUUUUUAGAACACUUUAGAGAUUUAUAUGGAGAGGAAUGUAUGACAAGCAAUAUUCAUAACUUGUCACACAUUAUUGAUGAAGUACAAAAGUUUGGUAAACUUCAAAAUUUUAACACUUAUCCUUUUGAAAAUAAACUCAACCAAAUAAAGCAAUUAAUAAGACAGGGAAAUAGCCCACUUGCUCAAAUCGCAAAACGUUUAAAUGAAAAAAAUAUUAUUGAAAUAGAAAUGAUAAGUGGUAUUCAGAAAACAAUCCCGUAUAUUAAAGUGUGCAGAAAUAGAGGUUCAACGUUGACGUAG